AUGGAUCAUAACGCUGCAAAUUCGGAGAAAUCUCAACUGAUGCACGAGAAGAAUGCAAAAAUGUAUUCUCUCAAACUACAAAGCUCCUUCCCAGAGACCAAAGAGCAAGACCCCGACUUCCCCUCGAAGAACGGCGGCGUGGCCGGCGGCGCCAUCGAGCUGAAGCGGCCCGCCGGUGCCCACUGCCACGGCGCCAAAGCCGCGGGGCGCGAGGAUGGCGGCGCCGCCCGGCUGCUGGCCAGGAAGAAGCUCUACAUCGCGUCGGCCGUCUGCCUCGUCUUCAUGAUUGGAGAGGUCAUAGGGGGCUACCUGGCCCACAGCCUGGCCAUCAUGACCGAUGCGGCCCACCUCCUGACGGACUUUGCCAGCAUGAUGGUGAGCCUGUUCUCCCUGUGGAUCUCCUCCAGACCGCCCACCAAAACCAUGAACUUCGGUUGGCACCGAUCAGAGAUCCUCGGGGCCUUCAUCUCCGUCAUCUCCAUCUGGAUCGUUACGGGCGCUCUGGUCUAUUUGGCCAUCGACAGGAUCGUACGCGACGACUACGAGAUCAACGGCCACGUCAUGUUGAUCACCUCCGGCUGCGCCGUCAUCGUCAACAUAGUCAUGGCCUACAUCCUCCAUCACUCCACCACCUUCCACGCCCACGGCGGCGGCUACCACCAGAUCGACGAGGGCGGCCACAGCCCCGCCGCCGCCCACGGCCACUCCCACGCGCUCCUCGGCGGCCACGGCAACACCAGCGUCCGCGCCGCCUUCAUCCACGUGGUCGGAGACCUGCUGCAGAGCGUCGGCGUCAUGGUGGCGGCCAUCAUCAUCUUCUUUCGGCCCGAGUACAAAGUGGCGGACCCCAUCUGCACCUUCCUGUUCUCCGUCUUCGUCCUCUGCACCACCGUCACCAUCCUCAGCGACGUCUUCAGGAUCCUCAUGGAGGGCGCUCCUAAAGGAGUCGACUUCAACUCCGUGAAGGAGGUGCUGCUCUCGGUGAAGGCCGUGAAGUCGAUGCACGCGCUGCACCUCUGGGCUCUGACCCUGGGCCAGGUGCUGGUGUCCGUCCACGUUGCCAUAGAGGAGGGCGCCGACGCUCAGCUGGUGCUGCGGGACGCCACCGACCUGCUGCACGCCAAGUUCGGCUUCCACAGCAUCACCAUCCAGGUGGAGCUGCACUCUGAAGACAUGAGCCACUGCUCCCAGUGCCAGGACCCCAGUGACUGA